AUGUCAUUGUUAACUAAUUUUCCACAUAACAAGAAGAGGACGUUGUACGUUGGUGGAUUUGGUGAGGAGGUUAAUGAAAAAAUAUUACAAGCGGGAUUUUUACCUUUUGGCGAUAUUGUUAGCAUAUCGAUUCCUCUGGAUUAUGAAACCGGCAAACAUCGGGGAUUUGGAUUUGUUGAGUAUGAGCUUGCUGAAGAUGCUGCUGCUGCAAUUGAUAAUAUGAAUGAUUCCGAAUUAUUUGGACGAACGAUCCGUUGUAAUUUUGCUCGACCACCAAAAACGAAUGAACGAAGUCAACGGCCAGUGUGGGCCGAUGAUGAAUGGCUUAAAACUGCAAUUUCAUCAAAAAAUUAUGAAAUGUGUUUUUAUGGUACUGGAGAAAGUACAUCUUUCGAAAAUAAUGAAGGUGAUAGGACUACCUCAGGUGAAUCAGACAUUGGUCCAGUAAAACCGAUGCUUCCACGUGUGUACUUAGGGAUUAGAAUAGGGAUCAGAUAUAUUGGAAGAAUUGUGAUUGAACUACGAUCUGAUGUGGUUCCAAAAACAGCGGAGAAUUUUCGACAACUGUGUACAGGAGAAAAUGGUUUUGGUUAUGAAGGGUCACAUUUUCAUCGAAUAAUCCCACGUUUCAUGAUACAAGGUGGGGAUUUCACAAAAGGAGACGGGACCGGUGGCAAAUCAAUAUAUGGUUCAAAAUUUUCAGAUGAAAAUUUCAAGCUCAAACACACAAUGCCUGGUAUUGUUUCAAUGGCGAACUGUGGACCAGAUACAAAUGGUUCUCAAUUUUUUAUUUGUACAGAAAAAGCAGAAUGGCUUGACAAUAAACACGUUGUCUUUGGACAUGUACUGGAAGGGAUGAAUAUUGUUAGACAAGUUGAACAGCAAGGCAGUAAAAGUGGGAAGCCAAUGAUGCAGGUGGAAAGCGGGAUGUCACGUUCACGGGAUAAAACAGGUGGUAAUACGGAGCCUAUGCCUUUCGUAAGAAAGUUUGGUGCAGCUGCUGUUGCAGCGGCUGCAGCUGGGGAAUCAACUAUAGUUCCAAAUACAGAGGGAAGCAAUGGUAAAAAUUCAGAGUCGUAUGUUCCAAAAGUUUCAGGAUAUACGUCACCAAAGCUUCGUACUUCACGUUCUCGGUCUCGUUCUCGUCACAAGCGAAGGCGAUCACGUUCACGAGAUCGAACUAAACGUCGUUCUAGUUCUUGCAGUCGACGUCAUUCUCGGAAAUCCAGCCACAGCAGACAGAGCAAUAGUCUUAGCAGGAAAAGUCGUAGUCAUCGACGAAGUGUCAGUAGAAAUCGCACGAAAUCGCCAUCUCGAAGACCUGAAGAACCAAAUGAUGUGUUGGAAAAUCAAGUUGUUGGUGCUACUGUCUCGGCAAAAUUAAAAGUUGCACAGGGUGUGCUUCCAAUUUUGGCUCGUCCUGAAGUUGUAGACAAAUUGAAAACUGAAGACAGCGCAGAAAAUAUUGAGGAUGAUAAUAGUCAGCCUGAAAAAAAGUCUCGAAAGUCACGUUGGAGUACGAAUAAAUCUUUUGUACCGGGCAUGCCAACGAUACUACCUUCAAAUCUUAGCGAUGAUCAGCGUCAGGCAUAUUUGCUUCAGCUGGAAGUGGAAGAUGCAACGCGAAAGUUACGUCUUGGCGAUUUUAUGGGCAAUCCGGAUCCAGCCUUAAGAAGCCCUUCACCAGAACCAAUUUAUGAUGCUAGUGGCAAACGAUUAAAUACUCGCGAAAUAAGGAAAAGGCAGGAGUUAGAGCAAUUGCGGCAUGAAAAAAUUCAGGCACUGUUGAAAUUAAACCCAAACUUUAAGCCCCCAGCAGAUUAUAGAGCACCUACUAUACGGUUGCACGAUAAAGUGUGGAUACCACAAGAAAAUCAUCCUGAAAUCAAUUUUGUAGGAUUACUGAUAGGUCCGCGUGGAAAUACUUUAAAAGCCUUAGAAGCGGAGACAGGUGCUAAAAUAAUCAUUCGCGGAAAAGGUUCUGUAAAAGAAGGCAAACUUGGACGUCGUGAGGGACCAAUGCCUGGUGAAAAUGAACCUCUUCAUGCUUAUGUUACAGGCACUGAUUAUGCAGUUAUAAAGAAAGCAUGUGAGAAAAUAACAUCUAUCAUAAAUGAAGCCUUAAUGAUACCAGAUGGUCAGAAUGAGUUACGAAAACUACAGUUGAGAGAGCUUGCACUAUUAAAUGGUACAUUACGCCCCGAAGAUCUGGCGAGCGGUGCUCGAUGUAGCAAUUGUGGCUCAGAUGAGCAUAAAACAUGGGAAUGUCCCGAUGCUCCAAAUGUUACUGCAAACAUUAUCUGUACUCUAUGUGGUGGUGCGGGACAUAUUGCUAAGGACUGUAAGAAACCACGACCAGGAGGAGCAUUUGCUGAAGAAGAUAGCGGUAUGGAUGAUGAGUAUUCCGCUUUAAUGGCAGAAUUAGGAGAAAAGCCAUCAACGCAGUCAUUUAAUGCUGCAGGAAAACCAGGUGCUGGAAGCAGUACUGGUAUUGGCGUUUUCAACAAAGUUUGUUUUUGCAAAGACCAUCAUAGAUGCUAUUUAUUUGUUAUGUUCAUCUGUUGUCCAUUGCAGCCAAAGAAUUAUAUGUUACCCACUGGCACGCCAAUUGUUCGAAUCAAUUUAGCCAAACCAGAAGGUGUGGAAAAAUAUAAUACGAAAGGUGGAGUUCCACAUGCUGGUAGCAGUUUACCUGGACCAACUGAAGGUAUUCAUUUCUUCAAUUCGCCACGACCGCGACCAUCUUACAUACCUAGCGCUGCUGCUUGGGGCUCACCCAUUGGUCGUGGAUGGGGGGGUGUACCACCACCAAGCCGAUAUCCAAUGCCUGUACCACCGCCGCCACCACCUAUGUCACUUGGACUUGGCUUUAUGCCUCCUCCACCACCGCCACCUGCACCAGUGCGGAAAAUGGAUUUAUCAAGCUUAUUAGCACCACCUGCUCCACCUCCUCCUCCACCAUCUUAG